ACUCGGUUUCUUGCGUUUUACUCUAUUAUUAGAGGUGGCCUUGUCCUGCACAAGUUAUUGUCCCAGUUUUAGGAGAUGAUUUAGGGCUCUCUUAAUUUAUUUGAAUUCAUAAAUUGUUCAAUAAUAGUUAUUUAUACAUGGACACCAUAAAAAUAUUUUAAAAUUUUUGCAAUCAUAUAUUGCUUUCUUUAUCACUUUUUGAGACGAUUGUUUUGUACUGUUUGUGUAUAAUGAUCAAACUCUAAUUUUUUUACAUAUUUAAACUUAAAAAAGGAUUACGAUCAAAAUGUCAUUUACCUUAAAUUCUGUAAAACUUGAAAUCUUCUGAAUCUUAAAAUUUGAUCAAAAUCUAAUUUAUUUCAUUAGAGGAGGCAUAUUAAGCCUGACCUUCAUCUGUUAAUUGUGUAUUAAUUCAUCCCAUUUAACUUCUUCCCUAUUAACCCCCCCAAAUUGUAUCUUGGUUGGUUUGUAUUUUUGUCUAUCCGCUUGUCCAUUGUGAUGAUUGAGACGUUGUUAAUGCUUUAUAACCUUGUUUUUUUGUUUUUUUAAUCUUUUUUAAGAUUCAGAAGAUUGGAUUUCUUAGUAAACAAAAAUUCUCGAACCAAUUCAAAUAUGUACUUAUACGUAAAUGGCGUAUCUGAACUUAUACGUACAAAAUACUCGAACCAUUGUUUUUUUUUGGGGGGGUACGUAAAUGGCGUAUCUGAACUAUAUACGUACAUUCGUAUGCCGUGAGUGCCAUUAUCAUACUACCACCGUGUGUAACCAGCUACUUUAAUACAACCACGCAUUUUCCAUGCAUAUUGUAUACAAAUUUUUGCCUCAUUAUCUUGCAAAACCGAAUAGAUAUACAUAAUUAUUGAUAGGGUCAUGUUAAACAUGUGCAUCAAGGGUACAUGUUAAGUUUCUAAAUAUAGAAAAUUGCAUUUAAUGUUAAAAAAAUAUUAAUGUUUAAGAAGUUAAAUGCACAAAUUUCAAUAUAUUAUUUCUAUUUUUGCUUCUUUAAUAUUAUUUAUAACAGGUGCAAAUUAAAUUAAAUAUAGUUGAUAUAAUUAGAUUCUGUAUCCCAACUUUUAUGAUUAAUUAAUUAAUCCUACAUAAUCAUUCCAUUUCCAACCUCAUCCUUUUCAUAUUUAGCCAAAGCAAAACCUCAUCUUUAAUAUGCGGUCUUACAUAAUUUGGCAAUGCUUUAGUGAAAUAAAUUCAACAAAUGAAAAUACUUGUUAAGCUAAUCUUAUAAUUAGUGUCUAAAAAUGGAUCUUGAAAUUUCCAUUUCCACUAUUACUAUCAUUUUUCUGCUGGCAGUAGAAGCAUACACGUCACAUGGACACGUGGCAUACCUGAAGUCCUAAACUUGCAAGGUCACCACUCACCACUCUAUUUGAUGAAACAAAGAAGGUUAUUUUGGUCAUUGUAUAGGGCAGUCUUAGGAUUCUUUCUUUUGAGGGUACUUCCGCACUAGUCGGUUGCUCAGUGUGCGUUCGUUUAUAUCCAUUCUCUCUCUCUCUCUCUCUCUCUCUCUCUCUCUCUCUCUCUCUGUUUUUUGCUACACACACUAAAUAGUACAAAAUUCGUUUCGGUGAUUCGGUUACUACCGUUUCAAUCAUAUUUAACCCAUUUUUCGGUGCUGUGGAUUCUUUGUGAGCUGUUUGUCGCUAUGGGAAUCAUGGAUCAAAUGGAGAAGGAAUGUUGUUCAUAUGAUGAAAUGGGUAUGAUCAAGAAGGCUUGUGCUGAUUGCAAAGCCACCAAGACUCCACUUUGGAGAGGAGGACCAAAUGGACCCAAGACGUUGUGCAACGCUUGUGGAAUCAGGUACAGAAAGAGAAGGGGUUCUUGCAAUAGUAAAGGACAAGAAAGGGAAAGGAAGAGAGAGAAAGCACAAAAUGGGAGGAAUCGUAGUAGUGAUGAUGAUGGUGGUGGUGGCAGUGAUGAUGAUUUGAAUGAGUGUUUGAAAAUGAAGUUAGUGGCUUUAGGUGAAGAGGUUUUAUUGCAUUCUGUUCUGAAGAAACAAAGGAGGAUUAAAUUAGGUGAAGAAGAACAAGCUGCUGUGUGUUUGAUGGCACUCUCUUGUGGCUUUGUUUUUGCUUGAUCAUGAUCAUCAUUCAAUAUUUAAAAUGUUUAAAAAAAAGGUAAAGUAAUUAGUAGUCCAAAAAAAGCAUUUUGCUGUUAAAUAGCUAACCUAUUUUGUUUUUUGUUUGGAGCAUUGUAAAGUGAUAUUUAUCCCUUCUUUAUGUUAAAGGGGUAUGUAUUUCACUGGGUUCCAAAUCUAGAUCUAGAAUUAGGGACUAGGGAGUGAACGAAGUGGCCAUCCAAGGGAUAUAGAUUUGCUUUUCUUUUUCUAUAUCUUCUGUUUAUAUAUCUAUUAUGAUUAUGAUAAUAUGUUCAUCUCAAUUAGUUAUUAA